UUUUGUCUGAAAAUCUUGAUGGUUGGUAACAUUGAGGUGAUGGCUCCUGGUUUGUACUCAAAUGGUGCGAUUUCGAACGCUAAUGGUUUAGAGGAAAAGCUAGAUGAAUUCUGUAGAAUUCUUGGCAAAUCCGAUGGUGAUUUGCUCAAAAUUGUGGGAGUUGGGGCGGGUGCGUGGGGGAGUGUUUUUGCAGCUUUGCUUCAAGAUACGUAUGGACGGUUUCGCGACAAGAUUCAAAUCAGGAUAUGGAGGCGGGCAGGAAGAUCUGUCGAUAGAGAGACGGCCAAACUCUUAUUUGAAGUGAUCAAUUCACGAGAAGAUGUUUUAAGGAGGUUGAUCAGGCGGUGUGCGUAUUUGAAGUACGUUGAAGCAAGAUUAGGAGAUCGGGUUUUGUAUGCUGACGAGAUUUUGAAAGACGGGUUUUGCUUGAAUAUGAUCGAUACGCCACUUAGUCCAAUGAAAGUUGUGACCAAUUUGCAGGAGGCGGUUUGGGAUGCUGAUAUCGUGGUGAAUGGCGUGCCUUCGACUGAAACUCGUGAGGUUUUUGAAGAGAUUGGUAAGUAUUGGAAGGAGAGGAUUAAUCCGCCUAUAAUUGUAUCGUUGUCAAAGGGUAUAGAAGCCGCUUUGGAUCCAGUUCCGCAUAUAAUUACUCCGACUCAGAUGAUCAGCCGGGCAACUGGGGUACCCAUAGAGAACAUUCUAUAUCUUGGCGGCCCGAAUAUUGCUUCCGAGAUUUACAACAAGGAGUAUGCCAAUGCUCGAAUCUGUGGCACUGAAAAGUGGAGGAUUCCGCUUGCAAAGUUUCUGAGGCAACCCCAUUUCAUCGUAUGGGACAAUAGUGACCUUGUCACACACGAAGUCAUGGGAGGCUUGAAAAACGUCUAUGCAAUUGGAGCCGGAAUGGUAGCUGCACUGACCAACGAAAGUGCGACCAGCAAAUCCGUGUAUUUCGCACAUUGCACAUCGGAGAUGAUAUUCAUCACCCAUUUGUUGACGAAAGAACCUGAAAAGCUCGCUGGGCCGUUGCUCGCCGACACCUAUGUGACGUUGCUGAAAGGGCGUAACGCUUGGUACGGUCAAAUGAUCGCCAAGGGUGAACUAAGCCUCGAUAUGGGCGAUAGCAUCAGUGGUAAGGGGAUGAUCCAGGGUGUAUCGGCGGUGGGAGCAUUUUUCGAACUCCUUAGUCAAUCAAGCUUAAGCGUUUUACAUCCAAACGAAAACAAGCCCGUUGCACCAGUCGAGCUAUGCCCCAUCCUGAAAACCCUAUACAAAAUACUUAUAAAGAGAGAACAAGAUCCACGAGCAAUUCUUCAGGCAUUGAGAGAUGAAAACUUGAACGAUCCUCGUGAAAGAAUCGAGAUCGCUCAAAGCCAUGCGUUCUACAAGCCUUCAUUGCUCGGCCAACCUUGACCGGUUUGCACAAAAAAACUGAUUUUAUUGAUAUAAUUAUAAGGUUGUUCUUCUGUAAACGUUUUUAUCGUACCCACGAACUUUAACUUAUAUGUAUAUUUAGCUUUAAAGCUUUCAUCUUGAAU